CUUGUCAGCUGAGCAUACUAAAAAUUGCAAAACACGACUUAAUCCAAACACUUUAUAUAUUAAUAUUUUUAUCGAACAUUUUGUAUUAUAUUCGAGGGAAUUUAUUUUUUAUUGCGUUAUAUAAAAAGUAAAGACAAUAUUGAUUUAAAUAAUGGACUCCGAUAACUUGUCGAAACAGAUUGAAGAAGUGGAAGCUUUAACUUCAAUAUACGGUACAGACUUUAUCACUGACAGUGAACAAUUAAGGAGUUAUAGUAUUACAAUAAGGGACAAGAAAUUGGAGGUAAUAUUGUCUGUGACAUUGCCUUCAGAUUAUCCAGGGCAAGCGCCACCUAAAUAUGAGUUUUCGGCGCCUUGGAUGGACAGAGAAAAGAAAGAAAAUCUGCGAAGAAGUCUAGAUGAAGUUUACUUAGAAAAUGUUGGUGAAACAGUAGUUUUUCAAUGGGUUGAAAAAAUCAGAGAGAUACUACAUAAAUUGCAACCACCAGACCAUAAGAAAAAAGGCAAAACUGUAAAAGAAGUUGAAAUUGUGGAUAUAUCAAAGUUAGAAAUUAUCAGUCCAAAGAUAGUCCAUGGUAAUGUGAUAAUAGACAGGAGAAGUUCAUUCCAAGGGCAUGCUGCCGAAGUACACAGUAUAGAUGAUGUUAAUGCCGUGCUAAUGAAGUUAAAACAGAACAAGAAAAUACAGAACGCAACUCACAAUAUGUACGCGUAUCGGAUAGAAUGUCCAUCAGAGAAAGGGACGUGUGUGUUACAAGACUGUGAUGAUGAUGGGGAGACCCACGCGGGGGGAAGGAUGCUUCACCUGCUGCAGAUAUUGGAGCAAAAGAACACACUUGUUGUUGUAUCUAGAUGGUAUGGAGGUAUUCAACUUGGGCCGGACAGGUUUCGUCACAUUAACAACGCCACGAGACAAGUUAUAGAAGAAGCCGGCUUACUUAAUAAAGCUUCAUAGCGUCAGGUGCAACUGUAUUAACUCAAGAUAAAAGGGCUUCAAUAUACAUUUAAUAAUAUGAAAAAGAUUUACAGUCUCAGAGAAGUAGCGGUAGAACUAACUGUAUGAGCAAGAUUCGGGUGGGGAAGUUGAAAUUCAUAUUAAAACUCAAAAAUUAACUUGAAAUAGUCUGUUCGUUCUUCAAGUAUGAUGAUAGCCGAUGAAACAUACUAAUAUGACAAAAUACCGUCAGAUUUUAUUCGCUGAUAACUACUAAACUAUAUAGGAAAACCACAUGAAUGCGUCCUCGGUCACGAUACAGGGAUGCGGCGGUACACAGGCGAACCAGGAGGUCUACUCGCAAAAUCGAUAACGAUACAUUCGGAACGAUACGAUAAUACUCCGAAUAUAUCGCAACUAACCUACUCUAACAAAUGUUCGAAUUCCUUAUCGUUUAUCGUAACCAUAGACUAAUAUUUUGAUUUUUUUACGAUGUUAGUGUGAAUGAAUUAUGUGCAAACCUUGAAAAAACUAAAUAUUAUCUGUGCUGUGUCAAAAAUCAAAACAUAGUUUAGACGCAUCAAUGCAAAAUGUACAUAUUCAAGAAUUAUGUAAUGAAUAUAAUAUGACUAAUUAAAAUUUAAUAAAUAAUACAAAACUUACGAAUAAAUAAAAUGUAAAAAAAAAGUAACUCAACCCUUCUCGUCGACUUCCUAUUUGUCAGGCGGCCAUUUGCAUAUUUACUUUCUACGCAUAAACGAUCAAUAAAACGACUUAAAGUACCUACUCGAUAGUAAAAAAUUCUGUUGAAUAUGUAAUUAAUGUUUAAAUAUUUGGCGUAUGUUUAUUUAUUUAAUAUACACCAAAAAACUCAAGAAAUUGACUCCACCAUCAAAAUAAAAGCUUAGAAGGUUGAGGUUAUCGUAAACGUUUGAUUAUUUGUCAAAUUCGAUUAUUCGUCUCUGACAUUUUCAUCUAAGAGUAGUGUUAGGACCGAUAAUAUAGAAUAAUGUUUCGUUCGUUCACUCAUCGUUUCGUUAUUGAAUCCGAUGUAACUAAGAAUAGGAUUCGACACGACUAAUGCCACGAUAUAUCGAAUAUCGAUUUUAGGAGUAGGCCCCCAGAGAGAAGUGGCAGGCUAACUGAAUCAUAUAGGCGAGUAUAUAGAGUUCUAGUUAAAAUCCCGCUUACUUAAACCUUUCACAGAAAUGAUGCGUAAUAAUUAGAUGACAACCGCUACGAUCUACUUGUACCUUCAAACACGCGGGGGUGCUCCCUACAAAGAGGUCAGGCGCCAUUUUGGACGUUCAGUUUUAAGAGUUUGUUACUCAGUUCCCCAUUAGCUACCGUGUUCUUCUGUAAGGUCGAUGACUAAUCUAAUAGUCAAAUCAUGCACUAUAUACAGUAGAUAUAAUUAAUUAAUUACCUACUUACUUAGGUACGUAUCUUUGUUUUAUCUAAAAUCUAACAUUCAAUUUCAGUUUAUUAUUAAUUAAUGAUUACAAUUUGGGUCAAUUUUUAUUUGUCUCCAUAUUUAAGGAAACUUCGUUUUUAAUGAAAAUAAGGGAUCAGACGAGCAGGUCUUUCAACUGAUGGUGGUAGCUACAAUUGCGCUCGUUACCUUGAGACAUAAGAUGAUAAGUCUCAUUUGCCCAGUAAUUUCACUAGCUACGGCGCCCUUCAGACCGAAACACAAUCGGCGUGGGCGUGGCAUCGAUGACGAUUAAAUUAACCAAUCAUUUCGCUUCCCACCAAAAGCGUUAUGAUACGUCAACGUGUCUAUGCACUGUAUAAUUGUAUAUUCGACUAAGUUCAAUGAUAAUUGUGUUAUAACAGCAAUUCUCAUGAUUAAGUAGCAUUAUACAUAAUAACAUAUGUUUUAAUAUUUAUUACUAACUGACCCAGCCAUACAAAUUAAUAAAAGAAAUGAAAAAAAAUUUUGGUGUAUAAGAAGUAGAUGUUGGCCCAAAAUUUUAUACAAAUCGGUUCAGCCGUUACGGAGGAGUUUGGUAACAAACACGAGAAUUUUACACUCGUGAUAGGUUCACAGCUUUUGUUGGAUCUAAUGUUCUACUUUUACACCACAAAACGGACAGAUUUAAUAAGAAAGUCACGCAAUAAAUAAUUAGUGAUACGAGUUCAAAAUUUUUUAAAUAUUUCAUUUAAGUAUAUUAUUUGUCUAAAGGUUAAGUGAAUGAGUUGAAUCUCGCUGCUUCAAAAAAAAAAUAAGUUCAUUAUGGAUGUACUCUAUAUUAAAUUUGUUAAAUUUA